AUGCUUCCAAGCAACAAAUUAAGGAUAUCACUUCAAGAUGUUUGUGUAAAGAGGGGAGCAGAUGCUGCAUCAGACCACCAUCUCCUGAUGGGAAAAGUAAGAACGAAGCUAAGGAAAAUAGACACCAUGAAAAAAUCAACAAGGCAAGAGAAAAUGCCUCAACAAUGGAAUGAGGGUCGUCUACUAAAACUAUUAAAGAAAGGCAACCCUAAAGAAUGCAAAAAUUACAGAGAAAUUGAAUUACUACCACUGCCAGCAAAGGUACUGAAUAGAAUUCUCCUUAUACGACUUCUAAAUGCUAUAGAAGAAAGUCUCAGAGAACAGCAAGCAGGAUUUAGUAAAGACAGAUCAUGA